GUUUCGGUAGCUUCGAAGAAGACGCGCAAAGAAAGACGGAGAGUCACGUGCAUCAUCUCAACAUUGAACUGAAUUCAGAAAAGGAGAGUUCGAAUGGAAGGAGAGAAUGGCGAUCCCCUUCCAGCUCGCGUUGCUACUCUAGUACAUGCGCACUUCGAUGCCUUGCCAACUCACUGCAAACCUCGCACUCGUGAUGAUGACACUAGAGAGUGGAUUCCCAUGAGUGGGAUUGUUGCUGUACGAGCACAGGGUACACGGUCAGAGACCUUGACUUGUAUUGCUGUUACUACUGGGGCGAGGUGUCUCGCAGCCUCUCAAAUCCCCCGCUGUCAUGGACUAGCACUUCACGACUGCCACGCCGAAAUACUAGCUAUUCGUGCUUUCAAUUAUUGGGUCAUCAACGAAUGUUUGUCGGUGAUCCAACAAGAACAGCAUUCACCAAGCCAGCUAGAAACAACGCAUGCUUUCGUUAGACGGCGAGAACGAAAUGCAUCACCGUCUUUCGAAAUAUGCCCAGAUAUCAGUUUAUACAUGUAUUGCACGUGUGCCCCAUGUGGCGAUGCAAGUAUGGAGCUCUGCAUGGCUGAGCAAGAUGAUCCAACUCCUUGGUCUGUCCCAUCGCGAAAUAAUGACGAAGAAUCGCAAAAGACCCUUCUAGACGGCAGAGCCCACUUCUCUAUUCUUGGAGUUGUCCGUCGUAAACCCGCUCGAGCCGAUUCUGAAGCCACUUUAAGCAAGUCUUGCUCAGACAAGCUCGCUCUUCGGCAGAUUAAAUCUCUUCUAUCCUACCCAGCCAGCCUCCUCGUUGCACCAACAAGUAGUGCGUAUAUCACAGCGCUGAUUCUUCCGGAAGAAGAGAUCUCUCGAGCUGGCUACGACAGAGCAUUUGGAGUCGGCCCAACGGGUCGGAUGAAAGGACUUGUUGGGCAUAGUUGGCCUACAAGUAGCGAGCCGAACGAUUUUCCGAAAUACCGCUUUCGGCCAUUCGAGGUACUUGCUGUCCCAAUGGAUAUAGUGAUGCCCAGGUGGCCGCAUGGUAAGUACAGAUCGAGCCAGGUUAAGACAUCCCAGUAUUCGAAAUCAAUGACUGCGAAACCCGGUAAUACUUCUGCUAUAUGGAUUGCAAGUUCAUCGUUCCAUAAACCUUAUUGUGUCCGAGGUGCCGUUUUCGACACCGACAAGGUACCACGGCUCAAUCCAUCGUCGACUGCGGUUGUUGAGUGUAUCAUUGGUGGAGUAAAGCAGGGGAAUAAAAUUCCUCUCUUGACUUCGCGAGGUGCUUCGGUUCUUUCGAGAGCAAACAUGUGGGAUCUGGUUCGCGAGGUUUUGCCGCAGUUGGGUGAGGAGGAGGCUGAAUUGCGAGAUGUACUUGAAUCACAAAGUUAUGAAGCUUUCAAGAGGAAGUGUCUUUCUUCCAGAAGUUCGAAAUUUUCUUGGUUGAAAGCCAGAUUCGCAGCUAUGGAAGACGCAAAACAUACUCUCAGUCCAUGGAUUCCUAAUAGGGGCGAUGAAGAUUGGAGUAGAGCAGAACGAGAACGACUUCUACGCCCGUUAUGUCGUCACUCCAAAUUCUCUACCUCAUCUGAAAACGAUCCACCCACAAGCUUAAACACUGAAGAAACGAGGGUAAACACUUUGGACAAUGGAUCGAAAGAUAGCCACACGCUUAAAAUUGGUCAUAAGGGGGAUAACCGAAAAGAAGUCGGCAUCGAUGUGUUGGGAAAAUCUGGAGAAAUUAUCGUUCUUCCGCAGAAGAAACGCAGGAAGCCUAGGGUGUUAGAUGGGAAGAAAAUUGGCAAAGAAAAGCUUGGCGGAAAUGGUUUGUUCAAUUUAUCUGCAAAACCAGGAACAAAUGCAGGAGGCCAAAAUGUCAAGUUAAUCGACGAUGACUAUAACACGUUCCUAGACGAGUUGCGAGAUUUACAAUCACCCGGCGAUGAGCUCUCAAGAGAAGAAUGGAUAAACCUACAGGCGAAACUUGAGGUGUCCUUUACAAUGAACCAGCUUUUGGCUUAUCUUGAGGAUUUCGAAAGACCUCCUUCGAAAGAUACUACAACCCAGCCGAAGGAUAGUGAGACGACAUGGCUUGCAGAGGAUAACUCGGUGCCGACGAGUGAAACUCUAGACGACACGCAGAAAGAUGCAUACAAGAUCAAGGGUAUUAAUAUAAAUCAUAGAAAGGAACACGUGGCUGAGCGCAUACUCCGAGAGUGCUGGCAACUCACUGUUCAAGAUGAGGCAGGUGGACUGGACAUCAGCCUACCGUCGCAUAUUAUCUCUCUGCUCGUCGAAUCGGAUCAAUAUUCACUAGAAGAGCUGGCGCAUUCACAUAAUGCAAAAAUCGAAUUAUUCAGCUCAGCAAAUAUGAUUCGAGUUUUCGGUAGCAAGAGGGCUUGCGAAUCUGUGCGAGAAAUUGUCAAUACAUACACCUCAAAUAUACGAACGGAGCCUAUCGGUGUGCCUCUUUUGAAUAAUCUACGAAUCAGUGUUGGUGAAUCUUCCAAUGAAGAUCUUUUUCGUUGGAUAGCAAAGAAGUAUGGUGUCUCUAUUGAACAUCAGAGUCGGAAGUCAACUGCCUUGGCAUCAUACUUCGCAGGGAAUGAGGGUGCAUUGAAAUCCGUUAUACGUGACUUAGAUCUCGCUAGUCAUUCUAAGGCAUCCCUAUCUGUUCCAUUUUGUUCUUAUGUCCCGUCGUCUACAACUGGCUAUUUGAAUCCUAUCCGACAAAUGCAGGCAAAGCGCAUGUCGCUAGAUAACCGGACGAAGCCAUGGGCACGGUGGCAAAUACUAACUAAGCUUAGCCAAAUGUCAGACGUAACAUUACUGCCAUUAUUUAAGGAACACCACGCAACCUGCUCUACCGAGAUUCUACAGGUUCUGAGGGGAACGAAUGGCCAACCAGUUGGACCUGACAUACAGGAAAAAUUAACAGCAACAAUUGGUCAGUGUCUGUUUCACAACGAGCAGGAACGUUACGGGAUGACCACAUCUACAACUGCCUCUCGGCUGGGAGAGCUUUCGAUACCUCGACUUUGGCAUGCAUGGGCAUCGGGGGCCCAACCCUUCGUAUCAGACCUCCCAGAGCUGAGAGGUGAAAAGUUGUACCGAUUCAGGUUGACCCCAUGCAGCCCAAACGCCGAUAACGCGCCUAUAUUGGAGGUCGAGCUCGGAGUCCCAUUGAUUUACUCCUCGAAACCCUUACCAUCAGCGCCUGAUGUCACUAUUAAAAAAAUCGAAGCUAUUGUGAAACAAGAUCGCAUCGACUAUCUUUUCCCCGAGGCUCGUUUUGAUAUUCGUUUCACACGGACUCUAACCCGCGAUGUCUUCGGCUUGCUCAAAAAGGAAUCUAAUGAGUCUAUGCGCGAUGCUAUUGUAUCGGCUUUAGAGCCUAUUACAAGUAAGCUGGACGACCCAUUGCCACCAUCCUGUCAGCUACCAUUGCCAGCAUCAUUACUGCAAAACUUGAAUUCCAAUGGAGGUCAAAAAGGCUCCAGUUCCGCCAACGAUGGCGGGGGUGUCAAGCUAUUUGAUUACUGGCUUCCAUCUAUGAAUAAACUCUCUGGAUCCCUGAUUCGCUCGUACGAUUUCAUGGGAGAGAAAUUAACCUUGAAUAAUACCUGGUUUGGCCAGUUGGGAUCCAAAAGAGUUCGAGAUCUCAAUCUUGAGAUGCAUGUCGCGCAGUCCCCAUUGCAUUCCCUGGGGGGCCGUAUUCGGCAGGGGAACAAUGUAAACGCGGAAUCUACAAUAAACCAGGAGUUUACUUCGUUUUACCGAACUGCAUGUAACUUGGCGUUUUCAUUAAGUACAUAUGAGAAAAAGGACGAGAUUAGGGACAACGCAUAGCAUUGGGUAGGAACUGUUCAUGUAUUAUAUUUUAUAGAUAUUCAUCACUGUAUUAUAAAGCCAAGAAUUGGUUAUAUAUCAAUUAUUAUGGGGGAAGUUCGAAUGUUGUUUUUAGUUUUUUACAAGGAGAGUUCAACUUGAUGUCAAAUAAAUUGAUGUUGUAUGCAGAAGUCACUCUGGCAAAGCCAACCGCCG